AUGCCUGCUCUGGGCACGUUGUUCAGUUGGAUCCCGUCCCCAGGCUCUGAAUGGAGGCAGUGGAGGGUGGCGGUCCUCAGGAUUUGCUCAGGUACGCCGGGGGCCCUGACCCUGCGGUUCCCCGCCAGGAUCUCCGUCUGUGACGAGGACAAGCUGAGCCACAAUGAAUUCAUUGGGGAGAUCCGAGUACCCCUCCGCCGCCUCAAGCCUUCACAGAAGAAACAUUUUAACAUCUGCCUUGAGCGCCAGGUCCCGCUGGCUUCACCCUCCUCCAUGUCAGUGGCACUGAGGGGCAUCUCCUGUUACCUGAAGGAGCUGGAGCAGGCCGAGCAGGGGCCCGGGCUGCUGGAAGAGCGCGGGCGCAUCCUGCUGAGUCUCAGCUACAGCUCUCGGCGCCGGGGGCUGCUGGUGGGCAUCGUGCGCUGCGCCCACCUGGCUGCCAUGGACGUCAACGGCUACUCCGACCCCUACGUCAAGACGUACCUGAGGCCUGACGUGGAUAAGAAAUCCAAGCAUAAAACGUGUGUGAAGAAGAAGACUCUCAAUCCGGAAUUUAAUGAGGACUUCUUCUACGAGAUGGAGCUCUCUGCUCUGGCCACCAAGACUCUGGAAGUCACAGUGUGGGACUACGACAUCGGCAAAUCCAACGACUUCAUCGGUGGCGUGUCCCUGGGGCCUGGGGCCCGGGACGAGGCCCGGAAGCACUGGAGUGACUGCCUGCAGCAGCCAGACACAGCCCUGGAGCGCUGGCACACCCUGACCAGCGAGCUGCCCCCCGCCGCCGGGGCCCUGCCCUCAGCCUGAGCAGGUGGCAGCUGCCCCGCACGGGCCCCGCGGGGCCAGGACCCAACCUCCGCACGAGUGUGUUGCAUGUUUACACGGGGUGGAUGCCCCGCCCCCCACUACCUGUCUUAUUUUGUGAGAGUCUGCGUGACCGUGGGUCUGUCCUCUCGUGAGGGGCCGUGGACAUCUAUAUUCACAUAUGCAAUCUUCCUCCUGCCUGACUCGCUCCCACACAGAUAUGCAAACACCCAGCCCGGGCCCGCCCACAGGGGGCUGCCGCGCCUCUCUCCUGCCCCUCCAGGCUGCCCCGUCCCCCUCGGCCCACAGGGAGGAGGUCGGAUUCAGGGGGGUUCGGAGGAGGGGAAUGUCUCCAAAAAAGAGAAGGACAAAAAACAAAAACAAAAAAAAGAGCCACUCCUUUAAUACAGAAUCUUCCUUAAAAACCAACGAACCAACCUAGCCCUGUACAGCUGCCCUUUUAAAUGGGGGGGCCACCACAGGCUCUCUGCCUCUC